AUGUUUCGUUUUUUCAUCUUUUCUUUUUUCCUUCCCUCUGUUGCCGCUGCAGGGGUCGAGGGGUCGGCCUUUCCUCAAGUGAAUGCACUUCAGCAGAGCUCUGGGUUUCUUGGUCCUCCGGAAUACGACCUCUCUCGGGGUCCGACGAGCAGGCCUACUGUUGCGACUCUAGAAGGGGAUUCCGCUCUUCUACUGUCAAGAGGUGGCGAAGGUACGACUCUAGAAGAGGAUUCCGCUCUUCCAGAAGUGUCAAGAGGAAGCAGCAACAAUGUAGAAGUAGGUCUGAAAGAUUUUUUCGACGCUUUCUACUCGACGACGAAUAGAAGGCUCGACAACCAAGACGUUGGUGUUGGAUAUCAUGAUAGAGGUCGUCUUCGUCAUGACUAUAAUGUUGUUCACCUCCCUGAAGAGAGGACCCUCUCAGUACUCGGCAGAUUGAUAGGGCGCGAGAAUACUCGCUUUCUAGAGGCAAAAGCUCUCAACCGAAGUCUUACUUGCAAAGUGGCGAAAUAUCUUCUCACCUCAGAAAAGUUCGCUGUCCUGCCUUGGAGCAUCACACGCCCGCCAGAG